AUGGCGGAGAAGACACAAGAGAAAGACCCAGCACCAUCUGAUGCGGGCUUCGACUACCACUCGCUCCCAGACUGGGAUAACGACUUCUACAACGAGGGCGACAUACUCGCCUUUGCUUCUGCUCUCUCAGCGCCAGAGUCAACCUCGCCGUCGGAAGAGGACCUACUGAACCCUAAGCGUGCAAACGUAGAGUUCAUCACCGCCUUGAACGAUUGGAAACCAGUCCACCGCAGCGUGAAGGACGCACAAGAGCAAGGCCAUGGCAAGAAGAAAGGCAAGCGACGGAAAAAGCCCCGGAGAGGCAAGGACGAGACUCGGGAGGGAUUGACGUACAGCAUCACCAAGUGGCCACUCUUGAUCUUGGCGAUGGGAUGGCUGCUGUUCUUGACUAUCCUAUACCUGAUCACGAGGUUCUAUAUCUUCGCGUACGAGCGCUAUGUCACAUGGCGGGGUAAGAGGAAUCGGCUGAGGAAGAGUCUGAGACAACAGACGGACUACGAGGGCUGGAAAGCGGCAGCGCAGGAACUCGACCACUAUCUUGGUAGUGACAAGUGGAAGGUGGAUGACGAGUACGCGUACUAUGACGACCGUACGAUCCGGCGGGUUAUGGAGCAGAUGCGGAAGGCCCGGCGGAAAGCUGAAAAAGAAGAGGAGGAACCUGAUGGUGAGGGCGGCAAGAGACCGGUAGAGCGGAUGGUAGAGCUGGCGAGAUCGUCUAUCAAGAACAACUUCUCUGGAUUCGAGAAUCCGAGACUUUACAGUCAGACAUACUACGGUACGAAGGACUUGGUGCAGCAGUUCAUCGAUGAAAUGUCGACGAGCUUGCGGUUCUUGUUCGCAACCAACCAGUUGACGACCGAGGAGAAGCGAGAACUGGCACGGCACCUCAGCACCAAUUACGGCCGGACAGCGUUAUGCUUGUCAGGCGGAGCAGGAUUCGCUUGGUAUCACUUCGGACUGGCGAAAGCGUUGCUCGAGGCUGGCCAGCUCCCGAACAUUAUCACUGGAACUUCAGGCGGUGCGUUGGUGGCCGCCUUGCUAGCUACAAGGACCGAUGACGAGCUGAAGAAGCUUCUUGUCCCAGCGCUUGCAAACCGCAUUACGGCUUGUCACGACUCGAUGUCCGUCUGGGUAUACCGCUGGUGGCGGACCGGUGCGCGCUUUGAUGCAGUGGAUUGGGCCAAGCGAUCUUCCUGGUGGUGCUACGGCAACUUAACCUUCCUCGAAGCCUACCAACGGACUGGUCGUAUUCUAAACGUGACUUGCGUUCCUUCUGACCCACACACUCCUAACAUUCUGGUCAACUACCUAACGGCUCCUGAUUGUGUCAUCUGGUCGGCAGUCCUGGCAUCAGCAGCCGUGCCCGGCAUCCUGAACCCUGUGGUGCUGAUGCGGAAGAACAGAGACGGCAAGCUGGAACCAUACAGCUUUGGGCACAAAUGGAAGGAUGGUUCGCUCAAGACCGACAUCCCACUGAAGAGCCUCAACUUGCAUUUCAACGUCAACUUCAGCAUUGUCAGCCAGGUCAACCCACAUAUCAACCUGUUCUUCUUCUCCUCGCGCGGAACUGUGGGACGGCCAGUGACUCACAGACGCGGACGGGGAUGGCGAGGCGGAUUCCUAGGCUCAGCGUUGGAGCAAUAUCUCAAGCUCGACCUCACCAAAUGGCUCAAAGUCCUACGACAUCUCGAACUCCUCCCGCGCCCACUCGGCCAAGACUGGAGCGAAAUCUGGCUCCAACGCUUCAGCGGCACCACCACCAUCUGGCCCAAAUCCACCUUUAGCGACUUCUACUACAUCCUCUCCGACCCCUCCAUGGAGCGUCUCGCCCGCAUGAUCCACGUCGGCCAGCUCGCCGCGUGGCCCAAACUCAAGUUCAUCGAGAACCGCAUGGCCAUCGAACGAAUCAUCGAAGACGCACGCGAGAUGACUCGACCCGACACGCGACCGCCCAGCCAGACGCGGGGGAAGCGGCUGCGUAAUGUGCUCAGUGCGGAGGACCUCCAGAACCUGUUGGAGCAGGCUAGGAACAACAACGGGUCUGUGGAGGUGCCUGCGAACAUCGACAUGGCUGUCGAAGACGCAGCGCGGCGGUCCAAGGAGCGUGCGGCUCCGCCGCCGGUGCUCCAGCGGCAAGACUCACCUUCAGUUACUAAGCGCUGGAGCGAGUGGUUUGGGUCGAUUUCGGGUGGGUCAUCGCCGAGGUUGCCGCAGGGUGGGCCUUCGAUGGCGGAUUUGAAGCCGAUGCAGCAGCAACAGCAGGAUGCGAGGAGGGGGAGCUUUUUGCAGGAGUGGAAGAGGCAGAGUCAGGUUUUUUGGGAUGAGGAUGAGGGGGAGGGUGCGAGUGUGGAGGGGGAGUAUGAGACUGCUAGCGAGGUGGGUAGCGAGGCGGCUGAUGAGGACGGCGGAAUGUUGGGGAGUGAAGAUGAUGAAGACGAGAUGACGAGCUCAUGA